GACACCGUGUUUCUGACAAGGGGCUGCUUGGGUGACAAAAUGAAAGUUAAACGGGUCGCUUUCUUACGUCAGGGCUCCGGGUACGGGGUGCCGCCUCAUGUAGAGUACACUGUAGCGGCUCUGCGGUGGCGUGGCUUAGGAAAUGGGAUACUGACUGCGCGUUGUUUAACAACAGUUUCUACACAGAGGCGGAUCAAGGCAAUGGUGAACAUCGCCAUGCACCGAUGAUAUCCCGCCAUGGCCGGACUCCUCUGCUUUCCUUUUCCUUCCUUCCCUCUACUCCUCCUCUUACUUUCUCGCUCCAUCCUGUCCCACGCCCCUUUGCGCUGGACUGUGGCGGCCUCUCAGGACCCCUGCGACGACGGGCAAGGAGGGCCGAAUCACUGCCUGCCCGAAUUCAUCAACGCGGCCUUCGGGAGAUCAGUUGAGACCCGUGGAGAGGAACCAGGAAUCUCUGAAAACGUCACGUCGCUUACCGACCUGCACAACCCUCACAACCUGACCUGCGUCCACAGGAGAACAAACCAGGACCAUACCCUGACCAUCUCCCUGGGGCGCAGAUUUGAGUUGACUUAUAUCAGCCUGCAGUUCUGCUCUGGGUUGCAGAACUUCAUCUGGUCCGUCUCCAUUCUCAAGUCCAUGGAUUUUGGGAAAACCUGGAGACCUUUUCAGUUCUACUCCCCUCACUGUCUGGCCCAGUUUGGCCGCCCAGCUCAGACAGUGGUCCCGUCAAGGACCCAAGAAAGCGAGGCCCUGUGUUCGGACCCCCGGCCCCUGCAGCAGCACAGAGGAGGGAUGGUCCUGGCUUUCGCAAUCUUGGAUGGGCGACCCUCCGCCUCAGAUUACGACUUCAGUUCCAUUCUACAAGACUGGGCCACUGCUACAGAUAUCAGGAUAGUUUUCCACAAGGUCUCAGAUUCCCCAGGUGGAACGGGGGUUCGGCUUCGGGACACAGAAGCAGGGUCUAGCAGAAGUAGGGAGGGGCUAGGUGGAAAGAGGCGAGCCUCCAGGAGAGGAGAUGGGGUGAGGUUUGGAGGUAAAGAGAAGAUGAAGAAUUCAAUUGAUUUUCUUGAUGUAAUGAAGGAGGAGCUAGGGAACAGGAAGUCAAGCGGAAUUAGGAGGGGGUUGAAAAGGGCAGAGGCAGGGCUUGAAGUUAAAGAGACUCCAGGAAGGAGGAACAAGAAAACGGCCACCAGAGGUGAUGCUGCAGAGAUGUCAGUGCCGAGCGCCCCCUGGCUGUCCCUCUCGGAUGUGCAGGUGGGGGGCCGCUGUAAGUGUAACGGGCACGCCUCGCGCUGCAGGCGAGAUCCCAAGGGUGAGGCAGCGUGCGAGUGUCGACACAACACGGCCGGGCCCGACUGUGACGUCUGCAAACCGUUCUACUGCGACCGUCCCUGGCAAAGAGCCAGCCCCGGACAGCCACACCACUGCGUCUCCUGUCAGUGUAACCUCCACUCCACUAGGUGUCGCUUCAACAUGGAGUUGUACCAGCUCUCAGGCCGGAGAAGUGGGGGGGUGUGUCUGGGCUGCCGUCACAACACGGCUGGGCGACACUGUCACUACUGCAAAGAAGGCUUCACUCGAGACCAAACCAAACCACUCACUCACCGCAAAGCCUGCAAACCUUGCUCGUGUCACCCAGUGGGUGCUUUGGAGAAGGGGUGUAACCAGACCUCGGGACAGUGUCGCUGCCGAGACGGGGUGACGGGACUGACCUGUAACCGUUGCGCCCCGGGAUACCAGCAGAGUCGAUCCCCACUGAGACCCUGCACACGAAUCGAGGAAAUAGUCACAACUACUCCAGCCUACCCACCUCAACACAGCCUGGGAGGCGAGUGCAGCGCAUACUGCCAGCCGACUCAUGGGAGAGUGAGGAUGAACCUGAGGACCUACUGUCAGAAAGACUACGUGCUGAAGGUGCAGGUGCAGGCUAUGGUGCGCUCCGGACCCUGGUGGCACUUCUCCGUGUCUGUGCAGUCGGUGUUCCGCCGCGGGACGCCUGGAAUUCGGAAGGGGAUUCGGGCAGUGUGGGUGCCGGAGCGGGACCUGGCCUGUGGCUGCCCCCCCUUGCAGGUGGGCCGCACCUACCUGCUGAUCAGCUCCGAGAUCGGGCCGGAUGAGAACCGCGUCGUAGCCGACCGGACUUCACUGGCACUGCCCUGGAGGGACCACUGGAGCCCCAAACUGAGAGGCUUCAGGAACCAGGACAGACGGGGCCGAUGCAGGGCUGAAGGACCCCACAAACCCAGAACACGACCCACCGAACCCCCAAACUGAAACUGUGCUGUGGGGUGACCCCCAGAGUCACUGAAGAUGGAAGAGACUUCAAAAAAAUGUUUAUUAAACAGACCCCGAGAGACAGCGACUUCAUACUGGUAUAGAAGUUAUUGUAGCCAACUCCGUAAAUCCUAUCUGUUUGUGCAGAUCUAUUCAAAUGUGCAGUUUUGAAAGAAACACGUGUUAUAAAACAGAAUAUCUGGUAAGCUAAAUACAUCUGUUUCCAAACCAUGUUUUUAAAUGGUGUUGCGCUUCCUAGGCUGUUGCAUAGCUCCUUUCCUGUCAUUGACCAAUCAGCUGCUUCCCCUAAUGAUUGACAUGCUUUUAGUCAGUACCCUGCUUGACCUAGGAAGUGCAAGUGUAACAGAUCUCCUGAGAGUAAGACAUGGAAACUGAGAACUUCCUUUACCCUGGUGUUGUACUUGAUAAGACGGUUUAUAAUGAGAAUGCACGUUUGCUGUGACAGGUGUUUCUUUCAAAACUUUGAGAGCUAUGUAGCUCACGGUAAGACUUCUGGAAUUUGCUGACUUUAACAAAUAGAUUAUUUUUUGUUUUAGAUAUGUAUCAUUUUUCAGUCUCUGCAUCCUGGUGUAACAGUUUACAGCACCCCAGUGGCCUCAGUAGAGCACUUAGAAUCAUGUCUAACUUCUAAGAACACAAGAGUGCAACCAUUAACCUGCCCCCUCCACACCAACACUCUGCCCUCUAGUGGCUGUAAAAAAUACUACAUGUUGUUCUAUUUGCUGUUUCUUACUGAUGUGUUUCAUACAUCCACUGGGGGCAGUGUUGCCAACACACCCGCUAGUGGUCUAUAAAGCAGUUACAUUGGGAGAUCAGCAAAGAUUGGGAAUGCAAUUGCAUGAUGUGGUUUAAUUAAUUUCCGUGUUCUCUCUGCUUCUCUCUGACCGCAUGAUCUUCCACACCUUUGCGAUAACACGGAAAGGACAGCUUGCAUUUUUGUGCUUGAAACUGUGUAUUUAUUUGAGUGUAUUUUUUUGUGAUUGUUUAAUAAACAUGAUUUGCCAAA